AUGGACAGAGAUAUCCAUUGUAAUACGCACAGUGCGAAAUUGACGUGCACUUGCUAUCGGCCGGAUGAUAUUGAAACUGUAAGUGAUAGUAAUGACCAGUUCUUUCCCAAGUCUAAAUCGGCAACUUCACCUUACUAUUAGCAUUUUCACAAAGUUCCCGGACAUUUCUUUUUUUUUGACUUGAGACCCUUCUAGUCUUUCCGGAAAGUCGCCGGACUGAAAUCGGCGGCACGCACUGUGCAAAAGCAAGUUUUUUCUUUGCACUGUGCAAUUUCUGGCUUUUCGCACCGUGCAAAAUUGGCAUUUUCACAAAGUGCCCGGACAAAUUUUUGGCUUUCGCACAGUGCAUCUUGAACUUUUGUCGCCAGCGCACUGUGGAUUUUUGCCUUUGCGCACCGUGCAAACCUCAAAAAGACCGAUUGCACUGUGCACAUUUUUGAGCCAAAUCGCAGCGGCGCAGUUGAGAAAAUCUUACGUCGCAGCGAUAUUUCAAAUGCACAGUGCAAAACCAAAAAAAAAGUUAGCAUUUUCACAAAGUUCCUGGAAAAUAUCAAGAUUUUUAUGGCAAAAUUCGCAAAAAAGUGUCACUUUUUUGCCAAAUUUUUGACUAAAAAUCUCGGUCGUUUUUGUAAAAAGGGAGGCUAUAGAGUCUCGCAAAUUUCUUACAAAAAAUUAAUCCAAAUUUAUGCCAAGUUUCAUCAAAAUCUGAGCGUCGCACUUGGAGCACUUACCCUAUUAAUGGAUGACUUUUAAAUUAAAAAAAAACAAUAUUCCAGCCUAUGAAACAUGUCAGUUGCGAAGAGAAGUUCAUGAUUGUAAAUAGCCCCAAAUACGUUGUCAGGAUCAAAACAGCGCUAAGCAUCCACCCUCGAGGAAUCGAGUAUGUGGACGAAUUGUUGGCCGAAGUCAUCUAUCGAACUUGUCAUAUUCCAAAGGUAAGAAACUUAAAAACUUGGGUAAUCGUAUUUUACAAUUUUCACUGAAUUUUUUAUUAAUUUUUGUAAUAAAAACCUCUGUUUAGUCCCAUAUUUACAUCUUGCGGAAGACCUGUGAUUUGGAUGCAAUGUACAUCUAUUUGGGAAUAUUUUCCGAUCCCGAUUUUAUCGACUAUCAGGAGAUAAAAGACUACGAUGUCAGGAUGAUUUUCCCGGAAAUGCUUUACAGUAAUCAUGAGCUCUUGGAACAGACUCUUCUUCCCAUUUGGGCUAUUGAUCAAGUAAGUGUUUUAGUUCUCAACUGACUUUAUUAGCAUGGCUGCAAGACGAAGUUGCCCGGCCCGUGCGGACCGGGCAACCCUUUCGGGCAAACCCGAAAUUUCCGAGCUCGGCCUGGGUCCUGGCCCAGAAAUUACGGGCUUAAUUUGCGGUCUGAAACCGUGCCUACCCACAGGAAAUCAAAAACGGGCCCACCCACAAACAGAGCCGGGACGUAGCGCCCUAUGUUUUUUUGAGCCCCAGAUCAGGCUCUACCUUUUUGGUUUUGAUUGUUUCCUUCAUCAAAAGAACUUGGCCGAAAAACUCUAUCCGGCAAAAGCUUCGUUGGGCUGGCCCUCAAAAUCUCACUACUUAUUUGACCAACUGGGCAGGACCUACCUGUCAGUCGGGACUUUCCUGCUGCCCAGUAGCCAUCUCUGGCCCCAAAGAUCAUUCAACCUGACCAGUGCCUCAUAUACGUAUAUUUGUAUGUAUAUUUUUUCAGGUAAUGGUUCUUCCACCCAUCAAAUGCCCCAUCUGCAACUUCCUCAAAGCAAAGGAGAUCCUCGAUGGGAAAGCCGAGUUGCUAGGAAUCCCAAAACUCAAUCUGAGUUGGACCAAUGAGCCCUCAACGCAAGAGCAAAGUAGCCCGCUGGACAAUAGAUGGUCAUGCUGGGAACACAUUACAAUUUACUCUAUUACAACCGUGUCCGUUACAAUAAUCUUCUAUACUAUUUGCCGUCGUUUUCUGUAA